UGCUGAGGGAGUUAGCUGCCCGUCAAAAGCGCCGUUGAAGGAAGGGCCCUGUUUUGCCAUUUUGAGUGGGCAUUAAAAUCGCCAGAGCACUGAGGAGCUGGGGGGGGGCCCAGGCCGGAACCUUGGUUCCUCACCCAUCGAACUCCGACGUUGUCCACCUCCGUCUGUGGGACCUUCCUGACCACAAAAUGGCUACCGCGUCCGUCAACAGUGACUGCGCCAUAACAGACUUGCCCUGAAGACCAGGUGGAGAUGCGAAUCCAGCAGGCUGUCCAGUACAAGGCGGAGGGGAACCAGCACUACAAGCAGAAGAGGUUGAGAGAGGCCAUCAGCAGGUACCACUGGGCCCUCAUGCACCUGAGAGGCCUGGACCCCAGCGAGCCCACCCCGCUGCAGGCCUUCGGGGGAGAGAAGGCCCAACUCAGCCCCGAGCAGGUGGAGCGACUGCACAGCACCGAGUGUGACUGUUACAACAACUUAGCAGCCUGUCUCCUCCUAUCUGAAAAAGUGAACUACGAGAGGGUGCGGGAUUACUGCCUGAAGGUGCUAGACAGACAAGCUGCCAACACAAAGGCUCUGUACCGGGCGGGAGUCGCUCUCUACAACAUCGGCGAUUACGAUCGAGCACUACACUACCUCACAGAGGCAGCGAAGCUGUGUCCAAAUGAUGCUCACGUCAAGAGAUACAUCCAGGAGACAGAACAACGCCUCAGUCAGUACCACCAGAGGGAGAGGAUGAUGUACAAGGGCAUGUUUGCCAAGUGACAAGCAGACGGCUCGCAACGGAUUCCGCCGUCCUCCGAGACAUCCCUUCCCACCUGUUGGACAUUUCCCUGCAACCCCCCCACCACCCCUUCCAACUCCUGUUAUUCCCAGCGGGGAGAAAGUGGGACUCGUUUUACGUUUGUUCAAAGUUAACUUGGUGACGCUCCCUGAGCCGCAGCUACAUAAGGAAGCGUCUGCAAAUUACCACUGACUGUCUCUUGAUGGACCUGUGGGAGCCCGCGUGUGGGUGCACGGUGCUUUUUAAUCCAGGUGCCAGAUUUUUUUUUUGCCUUUUAAAUUGUUAAAGCUAUGCCUGACCUUUUCUGAAUGCAA